AUGACGACCCUGUUGAUGCAACUGGCGGCACCCAGCCGGCACGGAGCUCAGGUUGGUGUCCCCAGGGUGGCUCUUGGGGCGGGGGGCGGCAGGAGAGCAUGGCCCAAACUCCAGGGUGCUUUACAAACUGAGCACCUGGGCUUUCCCCAUCACCUGCGCCUGUUGCUGCGCCAGCACCCUGCUCUGGCUGGGGAGGAGCAGGUAAAGGCCCCCACUCGUAGACACCACCACGGGGCCAUGAACAAUACGCCUGUUGUAAAAUACCACGGGGCUACAGAGCCUCUCUGGCAUGAAUGGGACAGGAAAGCACAGAAAUGUGGAUUAAGACACACGGUCUAUGCUGUGAAUGGGGAUCGGUAUACUGGAGAGUGGCUGGACAACUUGAAACAUGGUAAAGGCAUCCAGGUAUGGAAACGCACCGGAGCUAUUUAUAGCGGUGACUGGAAGUUUGGGAAGCGGGAUGGUUAUGGCUCAUACAGCAUUCCUGACCCUGUAACCAAGGAAUACAAGAAGGUGUACACAGGCUGGUGGAAAAACAACCGAAAAUGCGGCUACGGGACAACGUUUUACCCCGUCGGGGAGCGCUACGAGGGCGGGUGGAGCAGUGGGCUGCGGAGUGGCUGGGGACGGAUGUACUACCAGGACGGAUCCAUCUACGAGGGACAGUGGCUGGAGGACCAGCCCAACGGGGAGGGGAUGCUGCGGCUGUCAAAUGAAAAUCGGUAUGAAGGACGUUGGAAAGAUGGAAAGAAGCAUGGCCCAGGGAAAUUUUUCUACUUGAAUAAGGGACAGCUGUUCGAAGGUAUCUGGGCAGCAGAUAUACCAAGAUGUGGAAUUCUGAUUGACUUUGGCAGGGACGAAGCUCCUGUCCCUACUCAGUAUCCAAUCCCAAAGAUUGAACUAGCUGAUCCAGAUGGUGUUUUAGCAGAGGCCCAGGCAAUGUUUGAUGACAGCCAAAAUUAA